AUGUCCCUAAUCACACCACCCCCCAUCACCAUCACCUUCAUGCUUUCCAAGCAAAACACUUCCCGGGAAGCCUCAUCGCCCAGACACCACAACCGCAAGCAGUGACCAACACCAACCUCCCCGAAGAAUACACCUCACAUGACUACGAAGAACAAUACGACUGGAAUGAAGAAUAUGAAGAAGAAGAUGAAGAUCUAAGCUACUACCCCGACGGCGUGAAACGCACACUCACGGACGAACAAAUCCGCAUUUUCAGACAUAGUGAGAUCCAUGCCUUGAGGAGGGAGAAGGAGUUGCGUGAGGAGGAGGAGGCGGAUGCUGCUGCUUCCGCUGCUGCUGCUGAAGCUGAAGCGGCUGCAGAGCAUGCGGUAGAUGCAGGUGCGGAUGUAGGCGCAGAUGCGAACGCAAAGACAGAUGCUGCUGGUACGGAACAAGCGAGCAAGUCUCGGGUAGAAGGGGAAGAUACAGAUGUGAAGAUGGAUUAUGGGGAUGGGGGUGUUUCGAAUACAACUUCGACUUCGAACCAGACUUCUAGGCCUGUGCCGCAGUUUACAGGCAGGAGGAUCAUUUCGUAUGAUGAUUGA